GGAAUGGAAACAGGAAAGUAAGAAGAAACCUCAGUGAGGCUUUAAUAGGAUUCAACAGCGUGAUAUACAAAGAUCUUCAUAUUAAAUAAUAUAUAAAUCUUUCUUUUUCUUUUCUUUUUCUCUUCUCCAAAGCUGUCGUUGAAGUGGGAAUCCAAGAAGCCCACAGAUUUAAAAAAAAAAAAAACGCCUAUUGAAUCUACAGCCGCCACCGGAGGCUAAUUUGGGUUUCUGUAAGAUUUUGUAAUUCUGGAAAAUCUCCUUCAUCAAAGUCACAGGAAUCCCAGUUCCGAAAAAUCGCGUUUUGCUUUCUCUUUUUCGAUUAAUCAGUCUGGGUGUGCUUGAAAUUCAGAAAUUCCGGUGACCCAGAAGCCGAUUGGUCUGAAUAUGUUGGUUUCUCUGUCGAGUCCAUCAGGCAUGUGUCCUAUGAUGGUGCCCAAUGACUCUUUUCGAUCCCUUAGAUUUUCAAGAACGAUGCUUUCCCACAGUUAUAAUAAGCAAAGGAAAGAGCUUAACACCGUCAUUUGUGCUUGCAUGGCGCCUCCACAGAACUUGAGGAACGACGGUUCCUAUGCCACCAAAUUCAAUUCGCAUUCGAAAUCGGAGGAUUUGAGUAGAAUUCGGGAUUCCGAGGAUGAUUCUGAUGUUCUGAUCGAGUGUAGAGACGUGUACAAGUCGUUUGGCGAGAAGCAUAUAUUGAGAGGUGUGAACUUCAAGAUCAGACAUGGUGAAGCUGUUGGGAUAAUUGGGCCUUCCGGAACUGGGAAGUCUACAGUUUUGAAGAUUAUUGCAGGACUUCUAACCCCAGACAAGGGAGAGGUUUACAUUCGAGGUAGAAAGAGGGCUGGUUUGAUCAGUGAUGACGAGAUAUCUGGUUUACGAAUUGGAUUGGUAUUUCAGAGUGCAGCUCUAUUUGAUUCUCUCACUGUUCGCGAAAAUGUCGGUUUCCGUCUAUAUGAAAACUCGAGCAUGUCAGAGGAUCAAAUUUCAAAUCUCGUGACAGAAAGCUUGGCUGCUGUUGGACUAAAGGGAGUUGAAGAUCGAUUACCUUCUGAGUUGUCUGGUGGAAUGAAAAAAAGAGUCGCCUUAGCUCGGUCUAUAAUUUGUGAUACUACAAAUGCAGCUAUAGAGCCAGAGGUUCUUCUGUAUGAUGAACCUACGGCUGGUCUUGAUCCUAUUGCAUCUACUGUUGUUGAAGAUCUCAUACGAUCUGUCCACAUGAAAGGUGAGGAUGCUGUUGGAGAGCCUGGGAAUAUUGCUUCAUUCGUGGUUGUUACCCACCAACAUAGUACUAUUAGAAGAGCCGUUGACAGGUUAAUAUUUCUCUAUGAAGGGAAGAUUGUUUGGCAAGGGAUGACUCAUGAAUUCACAACAUCAACAAAUCCAAUCGUCCGACAGUUUGCAUCUGGGAGCUUGGAUGGCCCGAUUAAAUACUAGCAUCGAUGUCGAGGUUUUAGUGUUGUAGAAUAGAUUACUAGGCAUACUCAUUGAUAUCUGGGUCCACUGUGGCUUCCAGAAAGGAGUGCUGGGAAAUCAUCAGAUGAGUUUGCAGAAAUAACAACUUUUGCCAUCCUUUGCAUACUUAAGAAGAAAUUUGAGCCGAUGAAUCAAGUCCCCCAUAUUUUAGACCACACUCUUGGGUGCAAACUUGAUUCAGAAAGAUCUUAGAUGAACAUUAUUGUGAAUGAUUGUUGUAAUCUUUGGGAUGGUAGAACUAUUUUUAUUUUUGAUAUUUAUAUUCAACCAAUUCUUUCUAA